GGGAGCAGGUGCGGGCCAGAGGCGAGGACAGCGCCCGGGCACGGAGCCGUGGGGCGCGCACGCUCCCAGAUCUAUUCUGAAGAUGUAUUGGCAAAAAGUUUUGACAGUGUUUCUGCACUUGGACUUUCUUCAAAUGGCAGUUGCUCAUUGUUUAGUACAUCAUAUUCCUCCCUGGAGCUUUACGUUACCUUGCAUGUCACCAAAUGAGACCUCUAUCAUACCAGUGCCUUCUGGAGUUGUAGAGACCAGCUCCUGUUUGAAUGGGGGCUGUGGAAUGGCUGAUACCAACCCCAUGGUGGGGGUGACCAACCAGAGUUUUCUUUGCUGCCUUUGGAAUGAUAUAAACAUAAAUUGUUCUUUGUACAAAUCAAGCACGGAAACAAAGAGUUUUAUUUCUACAGAAAUAAGUGUCUUAGCUUCUCUUCACACAGAUUUGAGCUGGAACACUGAAUGUUGGACUAAAGGAGACCUGGAACAGCUAGUCUGUAUCUUGAAAUUGUCUAAGUCGCACGUGAAUGGAGAUUUGAAGGUUCAUCUUUUAUAUGCUCUAUCCGAUUUGUUAUUGGAGGACAUACCUACAAGUUCUCUAAAAGGCAAUUACAUGGUUAGUCACUGUGCCUGCAAGGAACAUGACAAGUAUGAAUGUCACAUACCUUCACUGAAACCCAGCUACACUUAUAUCUUAUGGUUAAAGAUCACAAACGGUGCAACAACUCUUCAGUCACCUUUACUGUUGGUCACACCCAUAAAUAUCGUAAAGCCUGAGCCUCCUUUGAACCUGCAGCUAGAAAUGACAGACAAAUGGCAGGUAAAGAUCUGUUGGUCCAGCCUAGUACUUGCAUCAUAUGCCCUUCAGUAUGAAGUGAAAUUUUCUGUGAAUUCUACUCAAAAUACUUGGCAGGUGGUUAAGACUGUCUUAGAAAAUUCCCUGACUAUAGAUGAUACACUGCUUGGUUCUUCAUAUUUAGUUCAAGUACGGUGCAAGCGUCUUCAUGGUCUGGGAUUCUGGAGUGAGUGGAGCACACCAUACAGUUUAAACACAGAAGAAGUCAUGUACUUUCCUCGUAAGAUACUGACAAGUGUUGGUUCUAAUGUUUCGUUUCACUGCAUCUAUAUUAACAAAAAUCAGAUUGUUUUGUCCAAGAAGAUUGUUUGGUGGCUAAAUUUAGCAGAAGAAAUCCCAGAAAGUCAGUACACACUUGUGAAUGAUCACAUAAGCAAAGUUACGCUUUUCAACUUGAAUGCAACAAAACCUAGAGGAACAUUCUUCUAUAAUGCGUUGUACUGUUGUCAUCAAAGUAGGGAAUGUCAUCACAGAUAUGCUGAAUUAUAUGUAGUAGAUGUCAAUAUCAAUAUCACAUGUGAAACUGAUGGGUACUUGACUAAAAUGACUUGCAGAUGGUCCGCAAACACAAUCAUGUUGCUUAUGGGGAGUUCUUUGCAGCUAAGAUACUACAGGAGCAGUAUCUACUGUUCUGACUUUCAAAGUGAACCUCUGAAGUCGGAGGUAAAAGAGUGCCAUUUACAGGGGAAUCAUUCCUAUGAAUGCACAUUUCAGCCUAUCUUCCUUUUAUCGGGAUAUACCAUGUGGAUAGAGAUAAAACACCUGUUGGGAACACUUCAGUCCCCACCAACAUGUGUCAUUCCAGCAGAUGUAGUGAAGCCAUUUCCUCCUUCCAGUGUAAAAGCAGAAAUUACCAAGAAUGUUGGGCUCCUGAAUGUGAGCUGGACAAACCCAGCAUUUGCAACCAUUGAGCUUAAGUUUCAAAUUCAGUAUGCUGUGAAGAGGAAAGAAAUAACUUGGGAGACAUAUGAGGUUUCUAAAGCACCAACAAAAUCAGUCCUGAUAAAGGUGCCAGAUCUUUGUGUUGUCUACAUUGUUCAGGUGCGUUGCAUAGGAGUCGAUGGAGUAGGCUACUGGAGUGAUUGGAGCAAAUCCGCUUUUACGGUGGUAAAAGAUGUCAAAGCUCCCCUGAAAGGUCCAGAAUUUUGGAGAAUUAUUACUGAAGAUCCCAUAAAGAAGCAGAAAAACAUAACUUUAUUUUGGAAGCCCUUGAUAAAGAAUUACUCGUUAUGCAGUGUGAGCAGAUAUAUGAUAGAGCACCGCACUUCAGAAAAUAUGACUUGGUCAGAAUAUGUAGACAGUGGCACUACAUACACAUUUCCAUGGACCGAACAGGCACACACUAUUACAAUUCUAGCUAUCAACUCAGUUGGAGCAUCCUUAGUGAAUUUUUAUUUACCUCUGUCACAGCAAAUGAGCACAGUGAAUACGGUUCAAUCACUUGCAGCCUAUCCAGUAAACAGCAGUUGUGUAAUUUUGACAUGGACGCUUUCACCUCCAACUUACGUGAUAAAAUCUUUUGUUAUUGAAUGGAAAAACCUCAAUGAAGAAGAGGGAAUGAAAUGGAUGCAUCUUCCUCCAAAUAUUAGCAAAUGCUAUAUUUAUGAUCACUUUAUACUUAUUCAGAAGUACCAAUUCAGUCUGUACCCUAUCUUUCCUGAAGGAGUAGGCAAACCUAAAACAACAGAUCAAUUCAUCAAAGAUGAGAGUGAAAAACAGAACAAUGUGGGGCUCUAUAUGAUUCUACCAAUAGUUAUUUUAUCCUCGGUUUUAUUGCUUGGCAUGCUGCUGAUUUCGCACCAAAGAAUGAAGAAAUUGUUUUGGGAGGAUGUUCCAAACCCCAAGAACUGUUCCUGGGCACAAGGAGUGAAUUUUCAGAAGAGAAUGGACAUUCUUUGAAGUCUAAUCAUGAUCACUGCCUGCUGAACCAUUGUGCCAGCUCCCAGGCUUCAUAUACAGAGUUGUUAGAAGAUUUUUCUAUUUACAUUCAGAAGACAGGAAACAGAUCAAUACAAUGCUGAUUUGUUUAAAGAUAACUAGUUCUGGAAGUAGUUUCAUUCAAUACAUAAAAUGCCCAUGCAAAAUCAGACCAGAGCCAAGUUUGUUACCCAUACUGAACCAGACCAAAAAACCCCAAACAAACCAAAACCCCACUCCCUAGCCCUCCCCAAAAUACCCAACUUUGUAGGCAGAAAACCAAGCUUUACACUGCAUUUCCACAAUAUUUACUGACCUGCUUACUAAGGCUCUGUCUUGCAAAGGGUUUAGUGCUUUCAGUUCCUAGCAUUCAAAAGCAGAAGAGUGCCCCGCACUUCACAGGAAAUGGCUGUUGAAGCAGAAAUGUUUGGUCUGGGGCUCCUGCAUUUCAAACCCAGUUACCAACUUCAUUGCAUUUUUUUCUCUCUUUUUUUUUUUUGGUAAUUUUAUUCAGCAUGAUAACUAACCUGAUUUUAAUACACGACAGCUUUGGGAGUUGCAGGCGUAUCAAGGAGGCUAAGUCUGGCCUUUAGAGCAGCAUGUGGCUCCUAGUAAGGUCAUCCACCGCUGUGUAUGUGCAUCUGAGCGCAUAAUUUUAAGAUUUGCAGAAAUAAUUGUGUCUGUUGUGCCUUGGUUUUCUAUUAAAAGGACCAUGUGCAUAUUUUGUCUGAAUAUAUGUAGUUGCACAACAGAGCCAGUUCAGUCAAAAUCUAAUGGGAGACUUUAAAAAUCAUAGAAUCAUAGAAAAUUAGGGUUGGAAGGGACCUCCAGAGGUCAUCUAGUCCAACUGCCUUCUCAGAGCAGGACCAUUCCCAACUAGAUCAUUGUAGCCAGGGAAUAAGAAACAAAUAAGAAACAAAAACUAGUAUUGGUCUUAAUAUGGCAAAAUCUGCUUAAUAUAAUCUUCAUUAAUCAUUGUUUCCAGCUUACAGCUAACACUUAUUUACAGCUUUCGUUCUUUUAUUUUUGUUUUAAAUGGUAAAGUAUGGUUAGAAUGCAAAGAAUAACAUCAAGUUCUUCAAAAAGUUCAAGGAAUUUAUGAUAGAAGGCCUGGUCCAGAACUUAUGGAUCUCUGUGGAAGUCUGUAAGCUCCAGUGAGUUUUGUUCAGAGCCAUUGAACCAAAUAACUCCACCGAAGGAGCAAAAAAGUUACAAGUCUGGAAUACACUUAGCUGCAGGGCUUUGCACAAAGUCCUGUUAAUUGCUGGGAGUAUUGAAGAUGCGAGUUGCUGAGAAAUUGUUAUGAAUCUCUUUAAUAUAGUUACCUUUAAAAAGGGAAACUCAUCUCAGUUAUCAUGACCCCAGUUAACAUGCGCUCAUGGAACAUGCAUGUUGCAUCUGGAGCUAUGGACCUAAUUAUUGUAUACCACUCAAAGAAAUUACAAAUCUAAAUCAGUCUGGCAGAAGUGAACAAACUGACAAAACCCUCCAUGACAUAACUGUACAUUUACAUGUUCUUUUGAGUCCAGAGCUAAGGGAAAAAGAAUUAUCCGUGUAACUAUAAAGCACACGGUGCUGCAUAGGAAAUCAGAGUUGCUUUUAUGCCACCUUGCUGUGCAGUACAAAAAGCUGUGCAUAUGCAGUACAGCUUAAUAUCAGUAAAUCCUGCAUUUAGACUGGAAUCCUGCAAAAACUUACAUAAGCUUAAUGUUAAGACCAUUAGUAAUUCUAUAAGUUAUUCAGUGAAGUUACUCAAAUACUUAAAGAUUAGCAUGUUGAUGAACGUUUGUGGGACUGGAUCAUAGCACCUAAUGCUGUGGGCCUUGCAGCUGAGUUGUAGCACUGAUCCUGCAAUGAUUUAUACACGUAUGUGCAGACCCAUAGAAGCCAAUAUGAUUAUUCACUGUGCAGAAACGUGUGGAUAGAUGUUAUAUUUCUAGCACUGUAAUUGCCCCGUAGUGCUACAGUAGUCGAAGGGACUGAUGUGUGAUGUCCCCUGUAGCACUACAGAAGUGGUUCCUGGACAAAACAGGAACUUCUCUUUAGUGCUACAUUUUGGAGCCUCACAGGUAAUGUCUGUCCUGUGCAUUGUACCACUACGGUCUCGUGGUAAUUACCACACUCCAGCAGACUCAAUUAACUGAGUCUGCUCUGAUGCGCUGUCAUUGCAGUGCGUUGGAGCAGCUUGCGCAGUCACGUACAGGCACCUCCUGUAAAUACAGGACUGGGGCCUGUGUUGCUUGCAGUGACUGGGAUUGUGGCCCCCCCUGAGACUGGAUUGUUGGCAUGGGACUGGUGCUGGGCUUGCCUGCACUGACCAGAGCUGAAAACCCGCUGUGGGUGGACCUAGUUCUGGUCCCAUUCAGACAGCCCAGGCCUAGAGGGAGCUCCAGUGGGGUGGAUGGGAGCAAAGAAGUAGGGUCAAGCUGCUGCCUGGCUAAAGAGCAUGUUGUCAGAUGCCUUUGCAGUGGCUAUAGUGCUCCAGCUGGAGGGCUCUGCACUUCUGUCUGUGCCUCAUGCAACUACCUUUUUGGUAGCCCUUCAAAGUGCUGCAGCACUUGUCAUGCUAGAAAUGCAUGUCUGUCCAUUGACAAGGUUAAGCAGAUGUGUAAGCCUUUGCAGGAUCAGAGCCAAAGGAUGGCAGGAUUAGGUCCUUAGUAUAUUUUGAAACCUCACAGUUUCUGGCCAAUGAGUGCAAUUAAUUGUACUCUCAAUGGCAUAAGCCCAUGAAUGCUUCUUUUGGUUUCAUGGAAUUAUGUUGACUGCUGUAAAAAUAUUUUUGCCCAAACCAUAUGAUGUGCACACAUUGAGAGAGUGCUUCCGAGCAUAUUUACCCAUCUUUCUCUGUAAGUAUUUACUUUAUAUAGUAUUACAUUUCCUCAGGAGAUUGUAUGUACAUUGUAUUUGAUUAAAUAUCCAACAUGUUUUACUAAGCAAUGUGUUUUGAUUCAGCAGAUGGUGACCUUUACUAAAUGAAGUCUCUGUUUUUAAAUCCGAUAUGUUUGUAGGCAAUAUUCUUGAUGGGAUUUUGUAGAGACAUCCUUAACUACAGUUAUACUAGCAUGAGAGUAGAUGGAACAAGGAGCUCUUUUGCAAAAUGAUUUAAACCCUUGUGUUUUAGCUAGUUGUUGUGGGGAAGAAACUUCUCUGCUGGGAGGUUAACCACAGAUGCCCACUGUGGGGUUUCUUUUUUCAAGUACCUUACAUUAGCCACUGUUUGUGAUUUAAGAUAUUAAACUGAGUGGAGAAGUUUUGUUCCUUCCUUAAUUCAGAGAUGAUCUGCCAUAAAGAGGGAAGCACUUCAUCAAGUCACAUUCAAUAUAAAUUAAAUAUAUUGCUUGGUAUAUACACUGUAGCAGUGGCUUAAAGCUUAUUUCAGCUUUAAGCUUCCUAAUUUUAAAUGCAGACUAUUUCUAAUACUUUUGAAGACCAGGAGAGUUCUGAGUGUGUGAGCAAUGCAGAAUCCAUGCCAAAGCAGUUGCUUGGCUUCAGUUCAGCAAGAUAUCUAAGCACACAAAGGGCUUUAGGUAUUUGAGUACCCCUAGUGAAGUUGGAAACAUGCUUAAAUACCUUAUUAAAUCAUGGCCUUAGCUUCUAUUGAUGGCUAGUCUAAUUUAAAAAUAGCUUAAGAUAGGUACAUUAGUACCAUAUCUUCUUACAACACGUACCAAGCAAAGUUUUUGACACGUUUCUAGUUGCUUUGACAGAUUUCCUGCUGUGAUAUAUCAUCUGUAUGACUUGUUAACAUAAACAGAAUCGACGUUCUUAACUAUUUCUGUUCUGAUUUGUCAUAAUUAAACUCAUUAGGCGGUAUACAUUUUAAAGUGAGCAUUUCUUAGUGCUAAAUACAAAUAAAAAUAUGAAUUUCCUUUUAUCAGCUUAUACCGUGGCCUUUUUAAACAUGCAUAUACAGUUUGUGUUCCCUUAUGAUGUGAUAAAUGGGUGUAUUUACCCAGUAAUGGAUCCAGGAAUAGGGCAGAAGGGUGUAGCCUCCCAUUUUGGCUGCGCCAUGCACAUGCAGUGAGCUGUGAACUCAUUGCCUGGUCAGCAGGGGCUUCUGCCGAGCUGUCACUAGUGAGCUGACCCAGGGGAUGAACAUUUGCUGUUCACUCUUCCCCUUCCUCCCUUUCCCCCUGAAUUCAGCAGUAGGGGAAAGGAGAGGACUAGUGGCAGUGGUAGCACUCACCCUCUGUGCUUCAGAGCCAUGUGAAAACAGGGGCUCCAACCACACCCUGCACUGAGAGCUCACACGUGGCACAGUCAAAGUGUGUUGCGACUGCCAUUCUGGUUCCACCCCUGUAUUGAGCUAAAAUAAAAGUGUGCCUAGGUAGACAGAUGUUCAGUCUUUAUUCACACAGGAAUUACUGAAAGACUGAAUUUCUAAAAGUUGUGAAGGGCAGAAUUUUACCUUAAAAAUAGGAAAAGUUAUUUCAGUUGUUAGUAAGUGGUUUUGAUUCUUCUCUAAUGUGUUGAAUUGUCCAUGCAAUUAAAAGAAAAUACCAAGACAUCUUGUUGAAUAUAGGGCAUGAGCCUGCAAAGCAUUUAAGUAUGUAUUUAAUUUUAAGUAUAUGUUACAAUACGUACAAUGGAAAUUAAUUGGACUGCUUAUUCUUCAAGUCAAAUCUUUGCUUAAGUAUUUUGUUUCUUGGGUUGGAUUACUAAACACUUGGCAUUAUAUACCUGGGACAUGUGUUUGUUUCCCCUGUCACCAUUCUCCACUUCUUCAUGCAAAGCGCAGGAAGAGAACAGACAUUGUUUUCUUAUUUCAAAAGUGUACUUUUAUGUUUAAAGAUACAGUAUUACUUUUCAGCUGUGGUUCUUAAGUACAGUAGCUUUAUAUUGGAAAUAUAGCCAUUAAAUAAGA